AUGUUGCAAAGCGUGCUGGCUAUCACCGGUUUCUACUUCUCCUAUUCCGUCGAUCUUUCACGAUCGCUUCAGUGGUUGAGCGAAAAUGGUACCCCGUCAUUCAAGCAGAUGCCAAUGAUUGAUCGUGCGGAUGCCCGAUUCGUAUGGAAUAGCUACCUCCUAUCUCAGCUGCGUUCAGUGCAAGGCAUUGCACGAUUUGCUUUACCAGUUAUACAUGGAUUUUAUGGAGAAGUUCAUCAUUGCGUAAAUGGAAAUCAGUUUAAACUGUCGUUGAUUUCGCGGCGGAGCAGAUACAGAGCUGGAGUACGCUUUUAUAAAAGAGGUGUAAGCAGUGAUGGACAUCCUGCUAAUUUUGUAGAGACCGAACAAAUAGUUGAAACAAUAUCAGGCAAGGGCCGAAGGUUGACGUCUUUUUUGCAGACACGUGGCUCAAUUCCUUUGCUUUGGUCUCAGCGUCCCAAUCUGAAAUGGCAGCCAAUGCCUACAAUGAAACCUAGUGACGAUCAACUUUCAGCGUACAUGAAGCAUUUCGAGAACCAGAAGAAGACUUAUGGUGGUCAACAUGUUAUUGUAAACCUUGUUAAUCAAACAGGACGAGAAAAGAAGAUAGGCGCUGAACUUGAGCGAAUAAUUCAACAAGCUAAUCUAAGUUAUGUUAGAUUCUUUGCCGCUUCCACCGAACUGACAGAUACUGACCUUGUUCAACGGUCUCAAAUAGGCUUUUUCCGAACAAACUGUAUGGAUUGCCUUGAUCGAACCAAUGUAGUACAAGCGAUGAUCGCUCGUGAAUCGCUGACCGAUCAGCUCACAUACCUAGGGAUUUUAAUCGGUGGGCAAAGAGUUGAAACGUUGUGGGCGGAUAAUGGAGAUGAAUGCAGUCGUCAAUACGCUGGAACCGGUGCUCUCAAGGCUGAUUUCACUCGAUUGGGAAAGCGGACAUACACCGGUGCAAUAAACGACGGCAUCAAUGCCAUAACUCGCUAUUUUCGAAACAAUUUUGCUGAUGGGUACAGACAGGAUGCCAUGGACGUGUUUUUGGGCAAUUUUGUAAUUGAUGUUCAUAAUCUACCGUCAAGCUUAGAAGCUACGUUAAUAUCAUUGGAUCAGAACGGAAUAGCCCUUUUAGCGGCUUGUUUUGCCAUGGCCAUGACAAUACUAUGUGUUCUGGUUGCAGAAAACAUAUCUGCCACCUUGUUUUGGUUGGCCGUCUUUUUGAUAUGCAUGAUGUUCAUAUUUAUAAAUGGCGAAGAAUUCGUAAAUGCACCGAAGCUGAAGCAAGAUUAA